GGUUCUGUUUGUGCUAACAAGUGCCCCCCAGAGAAGUGGGGUGACAAGUGCAGUCAAACUUGCAAUUGUUUCAAUUCAGCCAAUUGUAAUCAUGUCGAUGGAAAAUGCGAAUGUCUGCCAGGCUUCACCGGCCUAAAAUGCACGGAUCCAUGCCCAAAGGGAAUGUACGGGUUAAAUUGCGAUUUGAAGUGCAUGUGCAACGAUGGUGCAAUCUGUCUUGCAAGCAACGGGUCUUGUGUCUGUAAUCCAGGAUGGAAAGGUCAGAACUGCACUGAGCGAAUCUGCCGUGAUGGACUUUACGGCGAGAAGUGCGACAAAAUUUGCGAUUGCCAAACAGAGAGCACUAAAUUGUGUGAUCCUUGGUCGGGUCAGUGUAUUUGCAAGGCUGGUUGGGAUGGACCGACAUGUUCCCGUCCAUGUCCCCUCUACCAGUGGGGCGAAGGCUGCGCGAAACAAUACUCUUGCAAGAAUAGCGCUGAGUGUUUGCCCAACAAUGGAACUUGUGUCUGCGCCCCAGGUUAUCUGGGCACCAACUGCGAGAAAACUUGCCCCGAUGGAUAUUACGGUGACAAAUGCAAGCAGGCUUGUGAGUGUAAGAAUGCUAAACAGUGCGCCCCCGAGACUGGACAAUGCAUUUGUAUAAACCAGGUUGGAAAGGUCCAAAGUGCGACAGACCUUGUGAUGGCAACUUGUAUGGCGAUAAUUGCAGCAAAAAUUGCACCUGUCAGAACGGCAUAUGCGAUCCUGAGACAGGAGCUUGUACUUGCAAUUCUGGAUUCACCGGGAAACUCUGCGACGAAAUCUGUCCGCCCGGCACUUAUGGUUUUAAGUGCUUGAAAAAAUGCAAAUGUAUAUCGGAGUCUUCAGACAGAUGUGACCCUGAAACGGGAAGCUGCAUAUGCAAGGAUGGG